AUUCUCAUGUCAUAUAUCAACCUAGCACAGUCAGAACGUAAAUAAAUUUCAACACGGCCAGAAAUUGAAAGCAGCUCCAUAAGUAUCCGGGAAUCUACCGAUCCCAAUAGAGCGGUUACCUCAAAAUUCAGCCAAAUCCAAUCCCCUACAGAAUCAGAGAAGCAGAAGCAGCAAGAGAUCGCGAUUCGGAAAAAAAAUAAUCAUGCACAAGCAUCGUUCGCCCUUCACAACCGGCCAGGGAGGAUUUGGCGCCGGUGCUUUUAACUUUAACGCGCAACAGAAUGGCGACAGCGGAGGUUUUGGCCAAGGGACGGAUGGCCUCAACGGGAUGCCUUAUCUGGCCCACACUCCCACCAAACCCUUGAUGCGCUCGAUCAGCCGCCAGCGCUCCCUAACCGAGGAGGCGGGCAUCGAGUCCCUGCCGCCACCUCUGCUCAUGGCCCAGCGAAUACUGGCAGGUGGAGCCGCAGGAAUGAGUCCUGCUGGCGGCAAUAGCGGCGGAGGCAGUGCCGGAGCCAGUGCCGGAGGCAGCGGUAUAAAGCGUGGAUCCCCUGGUUCCAACUACUAUGGGCCGUACGAAGGCGAUGUAUCUAUGAUGUCCUUGCUGGAGGAUAGCCCCAAGAGUCCACCACCUCUCCUGGGAAUGAACCUCAACAAGCCCAUAAACCUAAACCUCAAUCUUAAAAAGAGUGCGAAUCAAAAGGACGCUCUGCAGCAGGAAAAGCCAUCCGGACAGCCUUCACAGAGCGAUACCGACUCCGAGAGCGAUCUGCGCAUGCAACUGAAGGACGAGGCCGGUGCUGGGAAGUCCUCCCGCUGGCAACGCGCCUUCGGCUGCCUGCUAGCCGCUUUGCCGGAGCAGCGGCGUCAUAGCUUUCAGGUGUGGUUCCAGCGCUGUAGCGAGAGUGUGAUUGCCAAGCAUCUGCUGUUGGUGAUCCAACUACUACUUUUCAUCAUCAAAGCUGGUCCGGGCCAGGCUGGUCGAUUUUCUGGAAUGGUGGGCGGCGUCCGCUUCCGGCUCUGGCGUACCAAAUCUCACUUGCGCAGCUUCAUGCGUCAGCUCUUGUGGCGCCUCACCAAUGCCAAGGGCAACGACACACUGAUCUUUCUCAUCGUGGUGCUGGCCACGCCUUGGCUCUUUCUCAUCAGUCUAGUGGGCUUUGGCAUAUCGCUCCUUUUCUCGAUGAGAUCGGGCCUGGUGGAGUGCAUCCGACAGAUGCGCCUGCGCAUGUACUAGGUCUCUAAAUCCAAUAAACAUUCUAAGACGAGGAAGGGUGAAAUAAGGAUAGCAGACACAGGACAAGUACCCUUUCCCACAUACACAUGCCAAAAGCUGAUAACAGGACACUCGAGCAGACUCGAUUUUCAAACAUUCCCAAAAAAAGACAUUCGAAAGGACAUUCCCGAAGCAGAACCAGUCCAGCUAUGUGAUCGUAUAUCAGAACAUUUAGUAUAUUUUGUGUUGCAGCAACCAAUAAACCGCAAAAAUGUACAAUAUA